AUGACGACUGAAAGCUUUGUUCAACCAGCGAUUCCUCGCUUUGAGGGUCACUACAAUCAUUGGAGUAUGCUUAUGGAGAAUUUUCUCCGAUCAAAAGAAUAUUGGCAGGUUGUCUCUGAAGGAUUUACUGAAGCAGCAGCAGGAACCGUACUGACAGAUGUGCAUAAAUCAGAUCUUGAGUCACAAUGGCUAAAGGAUUUAAAGGUCAACAAUGAUUUCUUCCAAGCUAUUGAUCGUCCAAUUCUGGAAACCAUUCUUUUCAAGGAUACUUCGAAGCAGAUAUGGGAUUCUAUGAAGAGAAAAUUUCAAGGAUCGAUGAGGGCAAAGAGGCAGCAACUUCAAUCACUUCGCCAAGAGUUUGAGUUACUCCGGAUGAAGUCAGGAGAAACAAUUUCAGAUUUUUUCUCAAGAACAAUGGCAAUUGUUAACAAGAUGCGGGUUCAUAGUGAGAAGAUGGAGGAUGUGACUGUUGUUGAGAAAAUUCUUCAUUCACAGACACCCAAAUUCAAUUAUGUUGUGUGUUCAAUUGAAGAAUCAAAAUACAUUGAUCUUCUUUUGAUUGAUGAACUGCAAGGUUCUCUACUGGUUCAUGAACAAAAGUUGAAUCAACAAGAUAAAGAGGAGCAAGCAUUGCUGGUCUCUUUUAAUAAUCACAGAAAAGGAGACAGAGGAAGAGGGAAAAGCAGAGGAAGAGGACAUGGAGGCUACCGAUCAAUAACUGAUAAUUCUAAAUCAGUAGACAAGUCGAACGUGGAGUGCUAUCGAUGUUAUAGGUAUGGUCAUUAUCAAAAUAAAUGUAGAACUAACCUGUCAAAGGACAAUGGAGAAAAAUCAAAUUUUACAGAGACGCAGGAGCAGAUAUCUCUGCUAAUGGUUUGCAAUACCAAGGAAGAAUCUAACAAGCACUUAUGGUACAUGGACACCGGUUGCAGCAAUCAUAUGUGCGGUGACAAGGAGAUUUCUGCUGCUCUAGAUGAGUCGUACAGAGACAACGUGAAAUUUGGUAACCACACCAAAAUUUCAGUUAUGGGUAAAGGACAGGUAACCAUCCGAAUUAAAGAGAAUAAUUAUCAAACUAUCUCUAGUGUUGUUUUUGUUCCGGAUUUGAAGACCAAUUUGUUGAGCAUUGGUCAAUUGCAAGAAAAGGGAUAUGAGAUUAAAAUUAAAAAUGGUGUGUGCCGCAUUCUUGAUGAUAAAGUGGGCUUGAUUGCUCAAGCUAAAAUGACAGCAAAUAGAAUGUUUCUUCUCUAUUUAGACAGCUUUGCUCAAAUGUGCUUCUCAACAAGACUCAAAGAUGAAUCUUGGCUGUGGCAUUUUCGAUAUGGACAUAUGAAUUUCAACGGAUUAAAAACACUCCAACAUAAGAAAAUGGUGGCUAGCCUUCCAACAUUCUCACCUCCAACAGAGAUAUGUGAAAGAUGUGUUGUCAGCAAACAACACAGAGACCCAUUUCCGAAAGGAAAGACUCGAAGAACAAGAAAGUUGUUGGAGAUUGUGCAUUCUGACCUUUAA